UUGGUCUCAAACCGUUCUCAUUCCUCAUGACUCAACUUCCAACUUCCAACGUUCAAGAACGGGACAGAGUGACAUUGCCCAACCCCCCUCUUCCGCCCACGAUAUAUGGGACCCCCACUCUUACGCCCACAAUAUAUGGGGACCCGGUGGCACAAGAAGGCCUUGUGCACAUCCGGAUCUACUUCACUAUCGUGACGGAUGAGCGUGGGCAAUAUUAAUAAACCCCUUCUCGCCAUUCCGAAGUGGCAACUUCACUCUUUCGAUUUACCAGACCAAAAUUGGAUACCGUUUCUUUCAUUUGUUUGUUUCGCCAUCACCAAUUCUCAAGGCGCCUUUUAUAUUCACGAUCCAGACGAGAAGCCUCUCACCGAUGCACAUGCAAACACACUCCGUUCAUCGCAACACGUUUCACUCCAUUAUAAGUGCUCUACCUCGUCUUCAUUGGUGGACACAGGGCUAGACAAGGUCACUACCACCCGUAGUGAGGCACGGCUGGGAUCGUUCCCCCGCGAGGUGAAAGCCAGGGAUGGCCACUGCCCUUUCACCUCUGCUAUUGAGGAAGACUGUGAAGCAACGCAUAUCAUUAGACAUUGCAAAGGGAACGACUACAUGGAAGUCUUAUGCACUGAACGAGGUGAUAGCAUUAUCGACAUCGACGAUGCACAAAACGGCCUUUUGUUGUACAACACUCUUCAUAAUGCAACUGAGAACGGCCGCAUGGCCAUAAUCAGAACACCUGUCACUUUCGCCACCGGUCAGGGGACCUCCGAAACAAUCCUUGCUAGCAAUCAACUUCACCCCAACGUCUCUGCUGAUUCCGACAUUUAUACUAUCCAUUAUAUUGGUCGAAACAUCUUUAAACCUAAAACACCACCAUAUUCCUGGUGCCGCCGCUAUGCACCAGUCAGAGAGACAUCUGCACAUAAGGCUCCGCCUCAUUUCCUUCUUACCGCUGUGUAUGGAGUUCAGUGCUACCAUGCAUGGCAGGUUGCGGAUGACGACGCACGUCAACUACUUAUUGAUUGGGCACACCGCUAUCAUGCAGACGACGGGGAUUCGAACCAAGGGCCACUAGACCAUAACCCUAUGCAACAAGGACCCAGUCAGGCUAGGAAAGACGCUCAAGCUCAGGUAAGGAGUGACAGGGCCAGUCGUCGUCAGGAUAAGAAAGCAACAGGUGAUGGGUCAGCUGGAGGUGAGUUGGACAGUGGGAUGCUACCAUCGCCACUCUCUAGCCCUGCAAAUGGUCCAGCAAAAACCGUCAAUAUCUUCUAUGACAAACUCACCCGCAAACAGGCGCAUGAAGCCAUACAAGCAUUAGAAGGCCAGGAGUUGUCUGCUGCUGUAAUGUUGUUAGCGCAUUUCCCAUCUCGACGUCCUCCUUCUCCGUCUACGUCUAUCAAUGUUCCCUCUACCGAGCUUCAGCAAAAUGUGUUGAAAUGGCGUGAUGAUAUUGUAUAAUGAAC